CUAGCAGCUUUCGCUUUAGUAACGUAACGCUCCGUCGGAAGGUCGGUUCAGUGAAGUUACUCGUCAGCAUUUUCGUACGUGUAUAUAUUAGACGACACACUGUCAGUAUAUUGUCUAUCAAAGCUUAUUGAAUCGCGAUAGUGACAAUAAAAUCACGACGAUUGGCGCGUGGUGAAAAAAAAAAGUGUCGUGCAAGAAAGUUCCGACGUGUCUCGAUUUACGAGUUGUAUUGACGUUAAAACCUCGUGAGUAAAUAACUGUCGCAAUUUUGAAAUACUUAUCUCUGGAUAUAUCGCUGUCUCAAAGAACAAUCAGCUGGACUUAAAUAGUAGUGAGAGAAUUUAUAUUGGCAACGCUGGUGCUGACGUUGGCUAUCUUUGGAUUUUCGUGAGAGAUUGAUGUUAUGCAAGCUAUGAAAAUUGAGGAAUCAAACAUAUCUAAAUAAAUUCGCACAUCUGAAUAUCGAUAAUUAUAGGUACACAAUGAAGGAGUAUUUGCUGUAUGCCUUUCAUGUAAUUGCAUUUCUGCAAUUUGCAUUCGCGGUGUAUUAUGAUUACACAUACAUCGUCAUACCAAGGAGUGUGGCUAAGAUGCACAGCGCUUAUGGCGGGAAGUUUAAAUUUCUCACAUUCCUGGAUGCGAUUAUACAGGUUAUAUUCUUCCUGAUAUGUAUACUCAACGAUGUAGCUGGAACUAACAAGUUGAACCCUAAGAAGAGACCUUUGGUCAGACGUCUCAAAGAUUAUAUUCAUGCAUCCUUAGCCUUUCCCAUUGCUAUGUUCGUAGGAGUUACAUUUUGGGCAUUAAUGUUUGUCGACCGUGAACUGGUCUUACCUAAGGCAUUGGAUCUUUAUUUUCCAUGGUGGCUCAAUCACAUAAUGCAUACGAUGAUUAUGGUGUCAACGUUGCUGGAGAUGCUCGUUGCCCCAAGACAGUAUCCAAAGAGAUCACGUGGUCUCACGGGUCUUCUGAUUUUCAUGCUCUCCUACCUCGUCUGGAUGCAUGUGAUCUAUGCUAAAAGCGGUAUCUGGGUAUAUCCCGUAAUGGAAGUACUUUCGUGGCCUUUGAGAAUCGCCUUUUUCCUGGUAUUAUUCGCCCUGGCUACCGUCCUCUACUUCGUUGGAGAAGGCAUCGACAAUGUGUUUUGGGGAAGUGCCAACAAAUCCGUAGGUAAGCCUAGCAAGAAGAGAAAAUCAAAAUAAGUAGGGCGUGAAGGACUUGAAAAAAAAGCAUUUAUUUAAAUUUAACUGAUUGAAUGUUGUAAAACGAGGGUCGGUCAAGUAGAUAUUUUUACUUCUAUUUAAAAAAGUUUGUUGUCUCGCGCAUUUGUUAAUAAAUAAUAAUUGUUGAAAAACACCCACCGAAUUCACGGGACGUGCACUAUAAAUGCAACUCAAACAAAAAGUAAAAUAAAGUAACCAAUAAGAAACGGCAUACUGUCGAUAAUAACUGAGCAAUAAUAUUGGACUUAGUAACAAUAGAGAGGUAUUGUGUUAUAACACUACUGUUUAGCCAUUCUGUCCACGUACACGGAAUAGUGAUGUCAAAAGCGAAGGAAGCUUAAAAAUUAUUCUCAUUUAUCUAUUUCAGUUUGUUUAUCUCCCCAAAUAAAAGCAGAAAAAUAAUUCUUUUGAAGAAUUUUUCGCUUUUGAUGUCAUCGUUCUCUAUACGUAUGCACGUAUAAAUAUACUGUACAGUAACCUUAGGUGGGAGCACUAACUUAACAUGGUUCGUAAAUUUUGUAUGUGCAGUUUGUUAAAAGUGUUUUUGUAUAAAUGCUAAAUGCAAGCUUAGGUCAUAAUAUAAGAAAAGAUCGUAGUGUAUCUGUUGACUAAUCGGAAGGGUUAUCAUAGAGACGUGUUAAUUACGCAAACCGUUAUAGACGAAUAAUAAUUAUAAUGAUAAUAAUAAAAGAUCUGUCUGCAUCGACCACGAUGAAUUGCGAUGCAUUUGUUACCGAAGAUAAUUUAGGAUUUAUGAAAAAUGUACUGAACGUUGAUAUUGAACUUAGAAUUUGGCUUAUAAUUCCUUAAUACAAUAGGGAACUUGUUGUACUCGUCGCCUAUCGUAUAUACGUAUAUAAAGUGAUAUAAAGUAAAAACAUUUACAGAAUACAGUACGAUAUCUGAAUAUCUUAUUGAGUUUGUAUUAUUGCUAAAUAACUUUGGGAUAUGUAUUGCCUUUAAGUUGCGGGAAAAAUGUUUUUCAGAUAAAGAAGUUUUAACGUUACUUGAACGUAUACUGUGUUGAAAUCUGAAAUAAAAUAAUGUUAUUGAAAAAAAAUAUUCAGAUUCUUGAUAAAGUUGUAGAAACACUUGUUAAUAUAUUUCAUAUGAGGAUAUUAUUGUAGUAUGUAUAUUCAGAUAAUGUACUAUAUUUUGCUUUUCUUUCAUUUAUAAAAAUGGAGUAUUUCCGUAUAUUUCUAUGAAUGAAAAUAUUGUUCUGUCAUUGCUUAAAUACGUAAAUGGAAGUCAUUUAGAGUUCCACGUCCAAUGCCAUAGAGAUCAUGGGAUAUGUGAAUGUAAAAAAUAUAAAUGCAUGAUACACAUCUUUACAAAUACAACGAAUAACAAUA